AGACUGUGGACUGAAAUUUUCCAGGGUUUCAGCAUUUCAAUCCCAUCAGCACACCCAUGUUUCCAAAGAAACAGUGCAGAGAGCCCGGCUUCUAGAACCGGAGCUAGGGCCUAUGCUUCUGGGGCCUGGGCUUCCAGAACCGGAGCUGGGGCCUCUGCCUGUAGAAACACAACCAAGGGCAUCGACAGUAGAAAUACAACCAAGCGUUCAGUACGAUUCACAAAUGUUUGCUGCAGAGUCUGUUCAACAAACACAUCAGCAAUUUAGUAACAACAGCCAAUGUGGUUCAGAUGAAGUGAAACAAAUACCUAGGAAGAAAAGGAGUGAAUUCAACUGCACUGAGUGUGAUAAGACUUUCAGUCAUCGUGUUGGUUUAAUGAACCAUGGGCGAUGGCACGCCAGACACUUAGAAGAAAGGUUCACAUGCGAGGAAUGUGGAAAAACAUUUAAGACUGCAUCAUUCUGCUACAGACACCAGCUCAUGGCACAUACUGAGGAGACUCCUGCCAAGUCUUUUCUUUAUCAAGUGGGCCAAGUUCAGAAGAAGGCRUUUGAAUGUAAAGACUGUGGACUGAAAUUUUCCAGGGUUUCAGCUUUUCAAUCCCAUCAGCACACCCAUGUUUCCAAAGAAACAGUGCAGAGAGCUCGGCCUCUAGAACCCAAUGUGGGGCCUCGACCUCUUGAAAUGGAGCUGGGGGUUCAGACUCUAGAAACCCAACCAAGGACACCAACACUAGAAAUACAACCAAGGGAUCAGACUCUAGAAAUGGAGCAGGGAACUUGCAGUCAAGAAGAGGAGCUGGUGGCUCACACUCACAAUGCUUUGCCACAUCAAGAUAAUAUUUCAGAAAGUUGUUGGAAAGAGUCAGAGCACUCUCCAGCUUCUGUGGAAGAAAAACUGCAAUCAGAAAUUUCUCCUGCCGCUUGUACCACGGACAAAUCACAAACAAAUGAGACUGAUGAAGACUUGGAGAGCUAUGAACCUGGGGACUUCAACGUACAAGUAAUUAGUGACAGUGAGCCCGAAGAGGAGGCGGCUCCAGACCUGAAUCCUGAUCUUGAGCUGCUGUGUGAAUCUGAUCAGGAUGUAAGAGACGACCAUGAAGUUUCCCCCAGAGGCCUUGAGUCAAAGCCGGACUUAAAAAUAAUUCAGAUUGACUUUGAUCAAACCAACAAGCAGUGUGUACCAAUGGAAAGCGGAAGCGAGAAUCAAACUGCACAUGAAAGAUUCCAGUGUCCGGAUUGUUACCGCUGGUUUACUAACCCCACGUCACUGCGAGUUCACAGAAUGUGGCACGGAGUCCGUGAGAGAAGACAGCAGAAUCAAGGUCAGUCAGUGGCAUGUGAAAUAAGUAACUAUGAAGCACAAUUUAUUCACACACAAUUCCACAGUGAUCAGACUCUAAGUAGWGGUUUGUUGAAUCAGGCUGAGGGGUUGGUGAAGAAAAUGUUUACCUGUAAUGAGUGUGGUGAUGUUUUCUCUUAUUUGUCUGCUUUAGUGUCACACCAGUUGCAUCACCCUAAAAGAAAACAGUACCAGUGUCCAGAUUGUAUGAUGUCUUAUCUUCAUGCAGCCAGUUUGUUUAAUCACAUGAAAACCUGCUCUGCACAAAAGAGGAAAGAUAUUUCUGUCAGUGAGAAAGAAUACAAUCCAAAGAAAACUCUGCUAGGCCCAAAGAUCUAUCAUUGUGAACAAUGUGGAAAGGGUUUUUGGUCUUUAGGGGCUUUCUCGCACCACAAGCAAAAUCAGAUGGAGUGUACUGAUUUGAGACUCAGAAAGGGUCUAUCAAGUUCUCUGCACUCUGUUAACGGACGCUUACGCUCUGUGACUAAAGUCACAUGUCCGAUGUGUGGCAGGAAGUUUCGCCACAAAGGCAUUAUGGCGCUACAUAUGCGCAGGCAUGAAAAUGGAAAUCACAAAUGCGAAAUCUGCAGCCGCUCAUUCCGACUUUUUUCCAGCCUCCUCAGACACGAGGUGGUACACAGCGACCAGUUGCUACCACCGCCCAUCAAGUCCUUUCAGCACCAGGUGGAGCAGCUGAAGAAGAACACGUACAGCUGUCCUGACUGUGGGAAGCUGUUUUCACGGGAAAAAGCGCUGCAGUUUCACAUGAAGAGUCAUGGUUACGAGUCCAGGAACUCUCCGUCGUCCCCACAGUCCAUGGUGAAAGUGAACCAUCUGCAGUGUGCGACAUGCUUCGCACAUUUUAACAACAAGGCGUCUUUAAGGGCUCAUCGAAAACUCUGCAGGAAAGGAGACAUCGUGGAAGCUGAACUUGCAAAGAAUGAAGCUGUAAAAAUGCGCUCUGAUUCCAACACGCAAGAACACUCGAGCCAAAUGAAGGAACAAGUUGACACGAAGAACGAAGGGGACAUUGGUGCACAACAAAUUGAAAUGCCCACAGAUGGGGGUAAUGUUGAAAAUCCAGACUCAACCCAUUUGAAAUACAAAUGCAAUGCAUGUGACAAAAGUUUUCCUAUUGCUGGAGCGUUAAAUUUUCAUAAGAGAAUUCACGUUAAAGGCAAUAAGUCCAAAUUAAAAUCCGAUAUUGGUCAACCUCUAAUGUCUAAGAUGCCAAACAAAGAYGAGCCAAGUAAAGGUCUAAUCCACUGCUCAGAUUGUGGAAGGCAUUUUAUGACUAAAUCAGCCCUCUGCUCUCACAAACGAUGGCACAAAGAAAAGAAAUGUUCAAAGUCUUCACAUGAAGAAGAUAAUUUCAAAUCUGUCAGCCACAAGACCGAGGACGGACCCUUUCAGUGCAAGAAGUGUGAGAAACAGUUUUCCAGCCAUCAAGUUCUCCACAGACACCAGCUCUUUAAUCCUCUGUGUCAAACCAAAACUGAGCCAGAUUUAAACAGAAACAUGGAGACGGACCGAUCAGAGCAGUUUUCACACCAAGUCAUGCACUGUAAAAUUUUGGAGGUGGCAGAACAUAGGGAAGUGUCCUUAAAACCCACCCCAGAACACAAUGUUAACAUAGUUGGGGACGAAACCUCACCAUCAGCUGUGAAGAUAAAACCCCACCAGUGUCCCCUCUGCUUCAUGACCUUUGCUAAAGCAAGAGGUCUGCAUGCUCAUAAAUGGCAAGCCCACCCAAAGAAUGGAAAGUGCAAAAAGAAGUGCUCUAACUUAAACAACCGAUUUGAUCAGGUGGACGACUCAGAGGUGUUAAAGAGCAGCACUGUUGGCAGAGGAAGGAAGAAAAUCAUAUCAAACCCUCAACCCGAAAUAUUWAUUUCCUGUCUUGAAUGUGGGGAACAGUGCAGUUCCACGGCUUGUCUCCUUGACCAUAACAAAGUUUGUUCGCCUGUGAAGCAAGAGUCUAAAAUGGAGGUGGAAACUCUCGAAGCCGCGACUGAGGUUCCUCCAGUGGUUGGCCAUCUGCUGGAGCACACGGUCAAAUGUCUCUUCAAGUGCGACAAGUGUGGGAAAGCUUUCCGAACAGAGGACCAGCUAGGAACCCACAAGAACAAGGCCAAGAGCCGGCCUCACUGCUGCGCCCUGUGCUGCCACUGCUUCUGGACAGAGAAUCAACUGCAGCAGCACCUCGCCUGGCACGACGAGGUGCGCUGUCGUCUCCCCAACGAGUUGCGCUUCAGGCUCAGUACUGCUGUGACCUCAAGUCCUUUGAAACCCAACUUCUCCUUUGCUGAUAAGUCCUUCCUGCUCCCUUCCAUCAACCAACCUCCUAACCCAGCCGGCUGCUCAGAAACCGAGGGUCAGCGUCAUGGCAGAUCUGAGCAGUGUAGCAACUUGUACUGCUGCUUGAUUUGCUCCAAAACUUUCAGUCACCUAAAAGACCUUAUUGAUCAUAACCAGGAGUGUAUGAGUGAUCACAGAAGACAAAAUAUCACUCCUGCUGCUGCUGUUUCAUUAGAGGACACCGAUGGCCUUAACUUUCUCUCUUUUUUUGUAGCUGAAGAGUCAAUCAUUUUAUGUAAGGACUGUGGACUGCAGUUCAAACACAAGGAUUCCUACUUGACUCACCUGCACCAACAUGCCCUGGAAGAGGAGGAGGCUCAGCUGGAAGAGGAGGAGGAAACUCAGCUGGAAGUGGAGAAAACUCAGCUGGAAAAGGAGGAGACUCAGCUGGAAGAGGAGAAGACUCAGCUGGAAGAGGAGAAGACUCAGCUGGAAGACUGCAGGUCUCUUGCAACAGGUCAGGUGAUGAGAGAAGACCGAGACGAAGACAUGAGCCCAGUUGCGGAUGCGGGUGACAAGAGCAGUUCGGCACAACUGCGAUCUCCAGAGUCGACAAAAGAUGUUCCGCCAGCCUCUGAGCAGAACGCACUUCGAAAGGUUUACUCCUGCCUGGUUUGUGGGAAGAUUUACUCGUUCCUGAAGUCGUACGAAAAACACCUGAAGUUGCACAAAGACCCGCCCUCGACAGAACAAGACCAGCAACAAAAAUACUGGAGCGAUCCCAGCAAUAUAAAGUACGAGUGCCCAAAUUGUGGGAUGUCAUUUAUCAGACGCACGCGACUCAUUAGUCAUUUGAGAGUCCACAGGUCAAACAAAUACUUGCAGUCGUCUCUGCACAAGUGUGAUCAGUGCAACAAAUUCUUUAAAAAUGAAAAGUUGUGGACGGCUCACAUCGAGCUACACAAGCAGAAGCGUUUUUGGUGUUUAAGUUGCGCCCAAGGUUUUUUGAAUGAAGCGUCACUGGACAAACAUCUGCAGCAUCACAUUCUGAGGCAGAACACCCCAAACACCAAUGACUGGAGAGCUCAAAUGGCCCACAAGCCAGCAAGUCAGCCAGACUCCCCGUCAAAAAAAUAUCUAUGCCGAUACUGCGGAAAGUCUUUCGGUCGAAGUAGACAAUUAAAUGCACACCAAAUCCAACAUACCAAACGUUUAAAGGGCCGCUUUAAGUCUUACAAAUUCUCAACCAUUCAUGCGAACAUCCAAAAGCCUAACAACACAGAACCCCUUACAGGUGUGAAAGAAGAAACMGAGRUUAAWACAAAUAUGGGAGAGCUUCAAACAAGCAAGCCUGCUGAAUGUGGAGAUCCAAAAGACUCAGAGGAGUCUGACUGUGGAGAGCCCAUGCAUCGCUUCGAGCUUCCCAAACCUCCCAAGGAUCCAGGUACGGAGACUUCAGAACCCUGGAUAGARUGUAAUCUGGACAAGAAUGAGCUGAAAGUACACAGAGAGCAUAAGUACUGGGAGUGGGAGUGCAUUGAAUGUGAUAUGGGCUUUGAUGAAAUGGCAAAGCUUCACUUGCAUUAUAUAAAACAUGCAACAGGGGAGGUACCCAUACCACAGCAUGACCCCCAAUCCUGAGAGGCCUUUUUAAAAUCUGUGUAGAUUUUUAUGCUAUCAGUAAGUGUUACAUCGUUUGUUAAUAAACCACAUUAGGAUUGCAAAUAUUUAGGAUUUUGACACUGAGAAAACAGUCACAGAUGUGAAGUUACUUUUUUAUGAAAGAAUUUUUGGUAAAAGUUGGAAACAAACUUCUAAACUAAAAUAAAUGCAUUUUCCUUGA